AUGGAGAACACAAGCACGGUGAGAGGCUUACUGCUAGUGCUCUUAGUAUGGAAAUGCUCGACAGUGGCACGGAGCCAAGCGACUCAGCCAUGGCCUUCGUACAGAUCGAGCUAUAGCCGAAUCCACGAUGCCCAGAAGCAAUGUCCAUUCUCUUCGUCCUUGGUCUCCUCGCAGCAGCAGGGCGGGGACGAUGAUCAGGGCCCGGAUCCCAAAUGGGUCAUCCAGAACGAGCUCAGCUUCCAGAAUGGCGACUGGUUCCAGGAACCCAAGGCCAGAUCCUCGCCGGUGCCUCGCUUCACUGUCAAUGGGACUCGCCCGCAGCUGCUUUCUUCGUUCUGGAUCACGGAUGUCAAUCUCCGGAGCAAGGCGGGCGCGGUCAAGAUCAGCGCCGUUUUGCAGCUCGCCAUCUCGGCCUUCCGCAGCAUCGGCUACUUCACGACCGCGUCCGAGAGCUCCGAGUCGUCACCGGAGUUUGCAUCGCUCACAGUGCUCCUCGAGGGUGUUUACUUUGAGACCCAGCGCAACGAUCGGGGUGUUUGCAUGGUGGGAUGCACGGUUUUCAACGGGACAAGGAUCUGCGAUCUCUUCCUGGAGCUCCACUUUCCCCGGAGGCUUUCGCUCGAAUCCAGGGAAGUCCGCGGCUCCUUGACAAGCAAAUCUGGGAUCUUUGACGACGUAUCCAUCGCAUCGCAGCUCGGAGCGUACUCCAAGUACGAGUUCGACGACGGGAGACUCGUCAAGCCCGCGUGUAAUCCUUCCAUGCAGCAGAUGCCGUCGGAGGGCAUUACAGUCUACACUGGAAAUCGAGGCUGCUCGAUACUGAUGGAAAUCCUUACUGGUCAGUGGAUCCAUCUCUCAAGCUCGGGGCCGUUUGCUCUCAACGCUACGAGGAUGCAAGUGUUGGACAUCCGCUGCAUCGAUAUCCCGUCUGGAGCGAAUGUGAGCGCCAUCUUUCGAGCAACUCCCAGCGUUGACGACGAGAGCCUCUCGCUGGAACGCAAAGGACUGAGUGAUGGGCUGGCCUUUGCUGCCGAGGGAGUCUACAGUUCUUUCACUGGCGAGAUCUGCAUGCUCGGCUGCCGGAACAAAGAUCUAAGCUCGUCAUCGCCAAGCUGCGACGUCCGCGUGUCGAUGUUCGUGCCACUCUCGCUCUCCAUCGCGCAGAGGGACGUCUUGUUUGGGAAGAUGACGAGCUUGGGUGGCGAAAGUGCGUAUCGUCCUACGAACUUUGGUCUCUUCGUACCCUUGAGAGGCCUGCCAUCGGAAGUGUCAAAGAAGUUGAGCUACAGCUACUCGAGAGCUCGGGAAGGAGAGAAGCUUGCGAGAAGUGAGGAGAUGGAGACGAGCCUGGCCGAUCGAGUGAAGCAAUCGAUGCUCAAGUUCCCAAGGCCGAGCAAGGAUCACUCGAUGCAGGAGCUGGGGCAGGAUUUGGCGGUGUUUUCUCAGCUCAUCAACGAGAAUCCAGCCAAUCCAAGCGGCAGCAUCCAGUUUUCAACAAGAACUAUGGACAUCCAAGCUUCAUCAAAAACUAUAGAUAUCCAAGUUCUCUCGAUCGAAGACAUCAUUCUCAUGGACUGGAACAGCCAUCAGAGCGAUGACUCCUCGCAAGAACUUGGCGAUGACGAGAAAGAUCUAUCCAAAGGUGACGAGGAAACGAUCCGAGUUGCGGUGGAGGUGAUAGUGACGAACGUCGCUCAGGUAUCCGCCGAGGGUGUCUACGUUCCUCGCACGGGACGGAUCCAUCUUGUUGGCUGCCUCAAUAACAUCUCUGGAAGUGAUGUUCUUAUGGACUCCCAGCCCGAUUGCAACACGACCAUCGUGAUCCAGUACCCUCCUCGCAACACGCAGUGGCUCGUCAAUCCCACGCUGCGCAUGAAGAUUGCCAGUUCUCGCGCGAGCUCCGACCCGAGCUUUUUCCCUCCGAUGCAUCUCGAGUCGUUUCCAAUCCUCUACAGGGACCAGCUCCGCGAGAUUCUCUCCAGGAAGACGCUGGAGGCCGUGCUAAGCGCAAUCACCUUGAGCGUCAUGCUCAUUUGCAUCGUCCUCCAGCUGAUUCACGUCAAGAAAUCCGCCGAGUCGGUGCCUUUCAUCUCGCUACUGAUGCUCGGCGUCCAGGCAUUCGGCUACUCGAUCCCGCUCAUCACAGGAGCCGAGGCACUGUUCGCCAGGCUCACCUCCCGUGACGAUCCGGCCGCCGAGGCCGGACAAUCCUCCGCGAUCAAAGACACUGGGAUCAACCAGAUGGUGCUCUACUUGGUCAAGCUCCUCUCUCUCGCCGCCUUCCUUCUCAUGCUCCGGCUGUGCCAAAAGGUGGUGCGCUACCGCAUCCGGCUCGCCACCAAGUUCCCGCUCGAGCCACGCCGUGUUCCCAGCGACGUGAAACCGGCCAAGAUCUUCCUGCUCGUCCACACUCUCGGCUUCCUCACGGUGCUCGCCUUCCACUACGCUCUCCAGGGCUCCUCGAGGAGCAGCGAGAUGAUGCGCAAGGAUUCCCAGGUAGGAUGGGACGGCAAGAUCCAGAAGCCAGAGCAGGAUUGGAUGCGGGAGCUCAAGGAGUACGGGGGGCUUGUGGAGGAUUUGUUCUUGCUCCCGCAAGUGAUUGCAACCUCGGUGUGGGAGAUCAGAGGGAAGCCACUGGCACGAGCUUACUACAUGGGCAUGACGGCGUUGCGAUUGCUCCCCCAUGUCUACAACGCUCUGACGAGGCCGCUCUUCAAUCCAUACUUUGCGGACGAGUCGCUGGUUUACGCAAACCCGAGGAUGGAUUUCUACUCGCGGGUCGGGGAUGUGGUCAUCCCCGUCAUGGCGGUGCUGCUCGCGGCGAUGGUGUACGCUCAGCAGAGAUGGAAUGAGCUCAAGUGGGGCAGAGUUUUGAGGCAAGGAUCAAGCAAGCUCUUGCGGUAUGGAUCCAAGUUGUAUGAGAGGCUACCGUCGUCAAAGCUGCCCAGCACUGGGGCGAAUUUCGAGGCCGAGAUGAUGCCAGGCAAUGGCAACGUGGACGGGGACGAAGAUCGACGAACCCUAAUGGACGCUGAGAAAGGUGGCAACCAUUAA